AUGCGUAUGAUCUCAAAGUACUACACUCAGAUCACAUUCGAUCGUUUAGCGGAAUUACUCGAUUUCCCACUUACUGACAUGGAGUCAUUUUUGUGCAACUUAAUCGUAACUGGUGCAAUUAGUGAUGCCAAGAUUCACCGCCCAUCGAGGGUUGUGAAUCUACGAGCUCGUAAAGCUAAUCUAGAGCAACUUGACCAAUGGGCAAGCAAUGUGCAGAAGCUCACUGAGACUUUGAACAAGGUGUCCCAUUUGAUCCUGAAAGAACAGAUGGUCCAUCGAAAUUUGGAAGCAAUGCAGAUCAAUUAA